UACACGUGAUAGUUUGUUGCUACGCGUCAUCAGAGCGCUGCUACUCGCUUGCAAAUCUGCUGAAGUGAGGGUGUCAGUUAGUUUGCAAAAUCAAAAGAAAGCAAGAGAAAACCAACAAAUAGAACCACAGCUACUCGGUCGGCUAACAACAGCAUUGAGCGUAAAAUUCAAUUUUGUUGUUUAAAUUUGAGCGUUAGAGUUAACGGCUUCUAAAGCAAACAUGGCUGGUUUGAUGGCAGGUUUUGGUAACUUCACUCACGCCGUUGUUCGAGCAGUCCCUACAUCUUUGGCGAAAGAAGCACUGAGGACAAAUAAGUUAGAUGUCGACCUUUUGAAAGCCCAACGGGAACAUGAACUCUAUGUAGAGGUUCUUAAACACAAAUUGGGUCUGGAAGUGAUCGAACUACCCGCUGACGAGAGCAUGCCAGACUGUGUGUUUGUGGAGGAUGCUGCCGUGGUUUGUGGUGAUACCGCUCUGAUUACCAGACCAGGAGCUGAAUCCAGACGAAAAGAGACGGAGGCCAUGAAGAAGGUUCUCUCAGACCUGAACCUGAAUAUUGUGGAGAUGACCGAUGAGUCGGCCACCCUGGACGGGGGAGACGUCCUGUUCACAGGUCGAGAGUUUUUCGUGGGGCUGUCGAAGAGAACGAACCAGAGAGGAGCUGAGAUCCUUGCGGAUGCCUUUAAGGACUAUGCCGUGUCCACUGUGCCAGUGACGGAUGGAUUGCACCUGAAAAGCUUCUGCAGCAUGGCGGGACCAGGCCUCAUCGCGAUUGGUUCCAGCGAGCAUGCUCAGAAAGCCCUGAAGAUCAUGCAGCAGAUGAGUGACCAUCGCUAUGAUAAGCUGACAGUGCCUGAUGACAUUGCUGCAAACUGCGUCUACAUGAACCUGCCCAGCAAGGGACAUGUUCUUCUGCACUGCACCCCGGAAGAGUUCCCCGAGAGUGUUAAGGUGUUUGAGAAGCUCAAGGACCACAUGCUCAUCCCUGUCUCCAACAUGGAGAAAGCCAAAGUGGAUGGUGCACUGACCUGCUGUUCCGUGCUCAUCAACAAGAAGACCGAUGUCUAAGGACCUGGCCCACGGAGUGUGUGUGUGUUUGUGUUUGGGGGGCUCAGGUUGCCACCACUGCCAUGUAGAUGUCCUCCGAGUCCCCACCCGUCACCCCAGCCCUCUGUGUGCAGACCUGAGCUACUGGUCAAUUUUACAAUCCUCCAAGGCAACCACUGCAAUAUUGGCUGGUGUUGUGAAAUGUCCUAAUUUUAUAUAUUCUUUUUUGUUGUUGAUGUUGUAAUUCAUGACAUUUUGAAUGCAACUGAACAAUGUGACAGUCUGAUCAAUUUAAUGCAUAAUCAUGAAGAUAAAUAUGUGAAAAAGUGAAACUUAAAAUGUUUAAUAUAAUCAGCAAGUUACCAACACCUAUAUUUUUAAUUAUUUAUUUUGAAUAAGUCAUUACACAAUCGGAAAUUACAUUAAGAAAUCAUUUUUGUCAAGAGGGAAGGGAUGUGUGUGUGUGGGGGGUGAUAAAUGGAAAUAUUUUUAGUUUUUUGUCUUUGUCUACUGUCCAGGCCUGAGGUGUUUUGUGUGGAUUUUAUGUGAUUUGUUGCCUGACAGCUGUGAUAGUGGUGCUAUGGCCUCUUCUGUGUGAUAGUGGAAGAAGCUUCACUCUUUUCUCUCUAAACUGUGAUUUAUUCUAGCUUAGUUUUGCAGGUACCCUAACAAAUGUAUGGCUACUAUUGUACGGUAGACGUAAUGUUUGUAGAUGGAAUUUUAGAGUUGACCGUGUCAAUCUAGUCAGAUUCAGAGCUGCAUAGAUAUGGCUCUGGUCAGAUCUAACACACAGUUUGGACCAAACACAUGAAGUAUGACUGACCGUGGAGAUUUUUGUGAUUUGCCGAACCAAACAGCAUGGUUCUAAUAGUAUUGUGUCUGUCGUGCAGUUGGAGAUAUUUUUGUAGAAUUGGCGCAAUGACCGUUGCUUCUAAAUCAGUCUACAGAUACAACAAAAUGGAUCAUCCUGAUCGGUUUAAUCAUUUCACUUUCAAGUCCAGCCUUUUCCUUGCCUCGUGCCCUUCGACCAGGAUUAACUUUGAGUAAAAAGCUUUGCCAGACAGUCUGACCCACCAGUUGGCCAGCACAUGGACAUGAAACCUGAGUCUCCUCUUAGUCACUCUAUUAUCCUCCUGCUAUCUAUGACCAAGCAGUCUGGAACCACUCUGAUUUUCGCUAGGUCUUUAUUUGGAGGACCUAUGCAGGCGAUGCAGCAUCAGUGUGUCAUGUAAUAAGAGCCCCGAGCAACUGACCUGAUGAAAUGAGACCCCUGUGUUGUGUGCAUCGUAACACUAGAGUAGAUUUUUCCUGGAAAAAAAACCUACUAAUAUCCUGUUUGUCGCUGCCCAGAGUUGCUCAGUUGUACAGCCUGUGCUGAGGAUGAACCUACUGGGAAGGGGCUGUAAGGGGCUCUUACUCAACAGUGUUAACAGCACCCCGUUUGUCCUUAAACGUCCUAUUCACUCUUUCAUGAGGAGAGGCUCAGUGAAGGGGCCUGACUGGCCGUCAGCUGAGCAGGGUGUCCCAAGGGUCUUCAUCACUGUCAUUAGAAAUUACUUACAGGUCGACACAUGUCCACAGUCCUUUUCUCCAGAGGACCUCCUCAGCAGAUGGGCCAGUGUGACAGUGCAUGAAUAAAAAAUGAGCAACUCUGUUUUAUUAUAUUCUUAAAAAAACAUCAUUCAUCUAUGAUAUUGUGUUGUGACAGAAGGCCUAUGGGCAUCAGAAAGAGUAAUUGCCGUUGAUCAAAGUAGUGUGUGUGUGUGAAAGCAGUAGUGUUUCCUGGACCACUGUGGUGUCUCAAUCUCUGCUGCUCCAUGGCCAUUCCAGGACAAAGCAAUUGUGAUGAAACACGGAAGGAAUUCUUUUUGGAUGAACAGCUUGUUAGUCAAUACACAUAGUCUCUCACUCUCUCUCACUUUCCCUCUCUGUCUGUCUCUCUAUCUCUAUCUAUCUCUGCCCCCCCCCCCUUUUACUAUCUCUCCUCUGGUUCUGGGGUAAUUUAUGACAGUGAUAUCAUACAGUCUGGCAAAGAUACUCGAUGACCAGCCGUUAAAGAGCGUAAUUUGUGACACAAGCAGUAUAUUUUACUGGAGGCUCUUGGCAGGUCGAGUGAUGAUCCCAUAGUUGCCAUGCAUCCAGCAGCGAACUCAUGCACUGCACACUGAAAGCUGGACUGUGGUUUGACUACUGCAAGCUUUUAACCGUAUUCCACCCUCCUGGUUUGUCUACUACGGCAUCUCAGUGCUGGCUUACACACAAAAGUGAGGUCUAGUCCUCUUUAUGCGAGUAACAUAAACAGACAGACAGAGAUAAAUAGAAUUGUUAGCAUUAUUUUGAACACUGUUUUAUUUUAGCACUACUCUUGCUCAGACUAUGACCUAGAAAAACUGAAACCAAGCCUGGAAUGACAGCACCUUAAUUUCUUUUGGAAAAUAAAAGUUCAAAUGUGCUUCAGUAAGAUCAUAUGAGCGCUCUGUUGUAGUUCUUGAAAGUCAUGUUGGGUUUGUUCUCAGGUUUCUUAAGUUAGAUUAAGUUUGUUUGCAAAUUAUAUCAGAAAAUAUCAGCAUUAACUCCUAAUCUUGAACUCAAAUAUGUUGUCAUUAAAUUUGGUUAAUAAAGUUUGUUCUAACAUCA